CCUUGUAGUUGUAAAUUAUAUAUAUAUAUUACCCACUCCAAGUAAUUGAAUGUUCUUCACUGGAAAACCAUUACCGAUUACCGCUUUUCUUCUUCCAAAUCACUGCCAAAUCAAUUCCUUCAACCGCACCAAAUUGAUCUUCGCCCCACAUUCAUGGCGCCCGACGACGCUGUGGUCGUAGUGAAUGGCUUGAACUUCGAGCAGAGGCACGGCAAGGAACGAGUGCGAGUGGCUCGGGUUUGGCGGACCAAAGACGGCCGCCAUUUUAUCGUCGAAUGGAGCGUUGGCAUCAGUCUCCUCUCCGAUUGCGUCGCUGCAUACGUUAGCGAUGAUAAUUCCGAUAUCGUUGCAACCGAUACUAUGAAAAACACUGUAUAUGCAAAAGCCAAGGAAUGUUCUGAUCAAAUUUCAGUGGAAGAUUUUGCAAUUCUUCUUGCCAAGCACUUCACCUUGUAUUACAAGCAGGUUACUACUGCAAUAGUGAAGAUCGCAGAAAAGUCAUGGGAGCGUGUAUCUGUCAAUGGUCAACCACACAACCACGGCUUUAAACUUGGAUCUGAAAAGCACACUGCAGAGGCGAUAUUUAAGAAGUCAGGUGUUUUACAAGUGAGCUCUGGUAUUGAGGGACUAUCUUUGUUGAAGACUACUCAAUCAGGUUUUGAGCGAUUUCAUAGGGAUAAGUACACAGCUCUUCCUGAGACAAGAGAGAGGAUAUUGGCCACCGAAGUGUCUGCUUCAUGGAGGUAUUCAUUUGAUUCUCUCUAUGGUAUCCCUAAAAAGCAGUGUUACUUCGCGGAAACAUACCUUGAUGUGAAAAAAGUAUUAGUUGACACCUUCUUCGGUCCUCCAAAAGAGGGAGUUUAUAGCCCAUCUGUUCAAUACACUCUUUAUGAAAUGGGAAAGAAUGUCCUCAGCAGGUUCCAAGUUAUAUCAUCAGUGAGGCUGAAGAUGCCAAAUCUUCACUUCUUACCUGUCAACAUAUCAACAAAAGAUAAUCAGAGUAUCGUUAAGUUUGAGGAUGAUGUGUAUCUGCCAACAGAUGAACCACAUGGAUCAAUUGAAGCUUCCUUGAGCCGCUUCUCUUCGAAGCUGUGAGGAAAUUUAAGCAUUUUCUGCUUCUUUUUUUUUUUUCCAAGUCAGAUUGUCGUGCCUUUUCCAUUUGUAUAAUAGUGAAUUAUAUAUCUGAAUAAACUCAGAAAUGUUUAUUUAAAUUAAAGUGUUGUCGAUCAUAGUGGUUACAUUGUGGAUAUUUUCUGUUUUGUGUACUGUCAGUGUACACUAAUAAUAAAAUUUUAACUUCUUUUCCUAAGGAAA